AUGUUUUCGAAACGCAAACAACAGAACCCAUUCCGUCGUAUUGCACAAACAAAAGAUUCACCUGUUGAUUCAAAAAAAUUGAAAAAACUUUUGAUCGUGCGAGGACAAGAACCCGAUCACUUUUUUAAAUGUAUUUGUGAGAAGUUUAAUGGUUUCGUAAAAAAUCCAGAAUUACUGAACUGGAGAACUAGAGUGUUUUCUCCGUAUGAACCCGAUGAUUCUUUUGCAUUUUUAUGCAGUGUAGAUGUUCUAGACCAAGCAGAAUUAACACCAGAACACGUUGAAAGGUUUCGAUUUCAUUUCGAUUAUGAUUUUGUGGUUUUUCCAAUGUAUGCUGGUUUCAAUAUUAGCUCGGAAGUUAUAAAAUCAGUAUUUAAUGAAAUUAUGAGCAUCAUGAAAGAUUUAAUUUCAUCAAAACGUGUUGCAAUAUUAUUCUUGAGAGGAAGUAAUGCAUACAGCGUUCCUAGUAGACUUGGCUAUAUCUCGAACAAUCUGGAAUCAGGCUUUGCAGAUUGUACAAGUCAACCGAUGAUGGAAAUUGACGUCUCAAGGCUGAAUGAAAUAUGCAUGAACAGCUCUAUAUUAUUAGAAUUUAAAACAAAACACCUAGAGUUAUUUAGUCAACAUGUGAAGCAAAAAUCAGUAGAUCUUUCACAAACAUAUAAGUGGGGUCUUCCUGUUGAAAACUGUAUAUAUCUUUCACAAUGGAACAUUCUUGCAACGGCAGAAGAACGUAAAAAGAUCUGUAUGCUUAUUCACAAAACAGAACGAGUAAUGUUCACACCUUGGUAUGGCUUUUCGCAUGGCAAUCAACUUUGUCAUGACCUCGUUCGGUACUUCUGUAAAUAUUUGGUGUUGGAAUAUUUGAUAGGGGAUGAUACGGUUUUUAAAACAAAACUCUCUCAAAAGUAUCAAAAUUUCCAAUUGUGCGAUAUUGUUGUGACGUCUGCACAGGAAUAG